AUGGAAGACAAAAAGAGGAAGCAGAAUCGAGAGGAAGAGGAUGGUUCUGAGGAAGAUAGGGAGAAGGAGAGAGCAAACAAAAAGGAAAUAUUUAAUCCGAAGGUUAUUCUCUUGAGGUCACCAAUCAAGGGAAGUAGCCAAAAUGAAAGAGCUGCCAAUAAGCAGAAGAUAAUCGAGGUAGCAGUGAAAGAAGCCAUAGGGGCCAUGGUGGAAUCCGUCCAGGAUAGCACUACAAUUGAGGAAGAUGAGGAAGAGGCGACAGAGGUGGAAGUUGAAAAGAAAAGAGGAAAUGCCUCACUGGCAUUCAUUCGUCACAAGCUGGACGAAAUUGAGGAAGCCACGAGCCGCCAUCAAAGCGGCAAAGUACAAUUUACGAAGGCGGAACAAUUCGCAGUAAAACGGGACAUCCUGGGAAUCGUCAACGAGGUGAGUAUGAUUGUAGAUAGAUAUGAGAAAGAGAUUGGACGGAUGAGAGCGGAGAGACAUGUUGCGAGAGAACUUGCGAAAGAACGAGCGAGAAUGCUGAGCAUGAGAGAGACAGAGAUGAAUCCAGAAGUGAAAGAUAUACUGGAGGCAUUGGCCUCGCAGGUAACCGCAUCGACAUGGGAAAUUAAAGAACUGUCGCACAAUUCGAUACAAUAA